CAGUGGUGAUUCUCUCCUGCGUGUCGUAUAUAUCAUCUAUUUUAAAAUAUUGGAAUAUUUCUCUACUUUAUGAUUAAAACAUUUAAAGCACGACGAUCUGGCCACGCCACGUACGUAAAUAUUUUUUUUCUCGAGAGAGAAAUCAAAUCCUCUCUCAAACUGGAUCUGUACACAAGUUUUCAACAAUACAACAAGUUAAUAUUGCAAAUAAAUCAAACAAAUUCGACAAGCAGACGACCCAUGGUGAACUGAACACACCAACCAAACCAAUAAUAAGGCACCAUCAUACAUAUAAUCAGAAAUAAGAGUGAGUGAACGUGUAAUUUAUCCAUUAACGUUAACGUUAUUCCUGCCUGAAUGGUUAUUGAGCUUGUGGACGUGAAGUUGGAAGUAGCAGAUCACAUCACAUACAUACUUUUUUUAGGCCUUGAACAUUUUUAUUACUUAUUAUUCUUUACUGCAUUUUAGUCGAGUCUUAAGUAAUCGAGGGUUUAUUCAGACAUCAACUGUCACAGGGAUCUGAUCACCUCUCGCGUGGUUAAGCAAAGCAAAUUCUCUCCAGCAGCAGCAGCUCAGAAAAAGCUAUUAACAAGUCAGGCAGCAGUGAACGACCUGUGUGAUUGUGUGGUCCAGAAGAAUUUUUAUCAAUUUUAGUAUCAGCACGAUUAUUAUUAUUACCGAGCCAGUAACAACUUGAUUUUACUUCUUCUUAAUCAGAAUACGGGUUAAAACUGGUGGUAACUUUCCCUUGACCACACAGUUUUAUUUAUUAAUAGAUCGAGAACAAUAAAUUUAUUCAUUCGUAUUUUUGAACCGUAAACAUAAUUUCCAGGAAAACUUGUAACACUUCCAGAGUUAGUCAACCUCUGGAAAAAUUUCCAUACACAAACGCACUCUCUCUAUGCAGCUGUAACAAAUCGUGUUUUCGCCAUUCAGAUAUGUUAAACAAGUGAAAAAUAUGCAUAAAUAAAUUUAUUCGUUUAACGAGACAGAAAAACAAGUUAGUAAAGAUUUAACGACUGUUGUAACAAUUAGCUGGGUUGAGGUAAAGGUGGCUAUUUUACAGUUUUUUUUUCUUCCUUUUGAAGUUCAAGUACCUUCGAUUUCUGCAUAAAAUUAGUGUCCUUGCCCUUUUGCAAGGUUAGUUGGGAGGCGAGAACAAGUGUGUGAGAACUGGAGGAAGAGUACAAUUACGAAGUUUUUAAUAUCGUGUUUUAAAAACUGAUAAGUAGUUUUAUUCGGUGGAAAUAAGUAAAAAAAAGAGUGCAGAAAUUUAUCCGAGAAAUUUCUUUGCAACCUGUAAAAAAGCAGCCGGAUCAGCUAGAGAAGCAGAAUGUUGAUGAUAUUCUCGUCCUCCUCCCUCCUCCUGAUAAGCUCCAUCGCCAUCCUUCCCAUCCUCUCGAUUGAAGAUGCCGAGUUCUGGAGAAAGCUGGGAGCCGAGAGUAUCGAGGCGUCCUUGAAUGUGAAGAAGAACGAGGGGAUGGCUAAGAACGGGAUUAUAUUUAUUGGUGACGGCAUGGGAAUGGCGACCAUCACGGCUGGACGGAUAUUCAAAGGUCAAAGUGAAGGUCGUACGGGAGAAGAGGGCUACCUCACGUUCGAAAAGUUCCCCAACGUGGGUCUCCUCAAGACGUACAACGUGGACCGUCAAGUUCCCGACAGUGCCGCCACGGCCACGGCCCUUUUCAGCGGGGUGAAAGCCAACUACUACACGAUGGGACUGGACGGCACGGCCCAGUUCAAUGUUUGCAGAACGGACGUGGAAGCAAAGGCAAAAGUCUCAUCAAUUAUAGACUGGGCCAUUGCUGCUGGGAAAUCUACAGGGAUUGUGACUACAACGCGGAUAACGCAUGCCACUCCGGCCGCCGCUUAUGGACAUUGUGCUCAUCGGGACUGGGAAUGUGAUACCAAAAUCCCAGAAUCAGAGAGAGCUUUCGGCUGCAAGGAUCUAGCUCGACAACUUGUGGAAGAUGAGCCUGGCAGAAACAUCAAUGUAAUUCUUGGCGGAGGCGAGCAAGUCUUGCGGGCCAAGAUGAACGAAAGCAAAGCCUGCGUUCGAGGGGAUGGUCAAGACUUGGUGUGGAACUGGAUGCAGUAUCAACGAGCCCAGAAACGCAAGUAUCGCUACGUUCGAACGAGAGAGCAAUUGCUGGAUGAAGGAGUUCAUCCUUCCACCGACUUCUUGCUGGGCCUAUUCGCCCCAAAUCACAUCCCAUACGACAAGGAGCGGAGUUUGGGACCAUAUGGUCAACCCAGUCUGGAGGAGAUGACACAUCAAGCCAUAAAUAUUCUGAGUCGAAACCCCAACGGAUUUGUUCUGAUUGUAGAGGGAGGACGAAUUGAUCACGCCCAUCAUGACAACCUUGCCAAAAUAGCGCUGGAGGAGGUCGUAGCGUUCGACAAAGCGAUCCAGAAGGGUUUGGCUAUGACGAAUCUGGACGACACGAUGAUCGUCGUUACGGCCGAUCACUCGCACGCCUUCUCGAUGAAUGGAUAUCCCAAACGUGGAAAUCCUAUUGAAGGAGUCGGGGACAAAACUCCGGAAGGGUUUGCCUACCAGACCCUCUCGUACAUCAACGGUCCUGGCUACACGAUUCAUCGAACCACGAACAAUAUGCCGGGGACGAAUUCCACUCUGCAGACGAGAAACACUUGGAAAGAUUUGUCACAUUUGGGAGUAAAUGUGACAUCUGAUCGGACUCAAGUUCAUUUAGCCGGCUUCUGGAUGGACUCGGAGACUCACGGCGGUGAGGACGUUCCAGUAUUUUCCACCGGACCCAUGGGUCACUUAUUGCACGGAGUUCACGAACAGACUCACGUCCCUUUCGCAAUGGCUUACUCGCUCUGCAUCGGACCAUACGAGACCAAGUGUCGCAAGGGUGGUGGUGGUGGUGGUGACCACCAUUCCAAGGGUCAUGGUCAUCCUGCUGGAAAAACGAAUGGCGGAUCGACCCCUUCCAUCGCCCGGAAUAAUAAUAAUCUCUGGCUACUCACCACCACGACAGUAUUUCUACUCGCGAUUUCUCACACCUGCUAAACCCAAGGAAUAACUUCUAGUCUUAAUAAUAACAAGUAGUAUCUUGCCAAAUCAAUCCUUGUUUUUUUUUCGUUUUAACACUUUCUCAAGUUUUAUUUAAUCUGAAGCAAAAAAAAUGUCAAUUCUAGAGAAUUCCAAUACCGUAUGUGUACCACCUUUUUGAAUGCGUAGGUGGUAGUAGAAGGCGGAUUAUGUAGCAAAGGCCUGCUGACUAUUGAAUGGUCGUUACAAUAAAAGAGAGUCAAUUAAAAGUUUGAACUGGA